GAAUAAUGAAAUAUACUCCAAGAGAGAACAUUGAAGAGAGCCUUGGCGGUUGUUGACUGUUGUAGACUUUUGUGGUCUCACCUCGCGGACGGCGGACAUACCCCGUCUCGGUUCUCAAACACCGCCGCCGCCGUUCUCCCAACAUCUCCCCGUCCAGGUCGUUGGGUCAGCCCCUAUCCUUCACCUUCACGACUUCACCUGCUUCUCCACUGCGCGCCCCGCCCCCGGCCCCGUCGUGCGCCCUGCUCAGAUCCAUCGCACGGGGCUUGCCGCACCACUGCGCCAAGCAAAAGCUGUUUAUGAAGGUGGGCGGCCAGCGGCGCGUGCGCAGAUCAUGCACUGGUAGGACUAAUUUGCAAGAUCUUGGACCGGGAUGGUUCGCCUGUUAGUUGUCUUAUGAAGAUUGGUAAGGGGAGAAAGAAGAUGAGGAAUAAACAGCGAAAAUCAUCUGCCCUCGGUUCUGAUGCAGGAUGUGGAUCUUCUUUAUCUUGUAUUGUAUGGAGCUUGGUGGGUUUUGGUCUUGUCUGCUUCAUUUUCCUUAAACAUCAAGCAGACAGUGGUCAGACCCAUGUUUAUUUCAGUCCUCUUCAUGCGACCAGAGAAUUAGAGGACAUCGAGGAGGAUCAUUUCCGCUUGCCACCUCCUCACAAGGUGAAUCCUCGUGCAGUGAAAAGGAGGGGACCUCGUAAACAACCAAAGGUUAUAGAUGAUUAUCUGGAGGAGUCUUCAGCAGUACAUGCACUGUUCUUUCCAGAUCAAAUGACUGCUGUGGAUCCAACAAAAGGAGGAAAUGAUAGCAUGUAUUUCUAUCCUGGUAGAGUGUGGCUAGACACUGAUGGAAACACCAUUCAAGCCCAUGGUGGGGGGAUUAUGUAUGAUCACAAGACUGCCAGAUUCUAUUGGUAUGGAGAAAACAAGGAUGGACCAACAUACCAAGCUCGCCCCAAAGGAACACAGAGGGUUGACAUCAUUGGGGUAAGCUGCUACUCAUCAAAAGACCUGUGGUCGUGGACUCAUGAAGGAAUUGUGCUUCGUGGUGAGCCUUCUAAUGUCAUCCAUGACCUUUAUAAAUCAAAGGUGCUUGAGAGACCUAAGGUGAUAUAUAAUGAUCGCACUGAAAAAUAUAUCAUGUGGAUGCACAUCGAUGAUGCUAACUACACCAAAGCAUCUGUCGGUGUGGCCGUGAGUAGCUCUCCGACUGGACCUUUUACUUACCUUUACAGCUUUCGUCCACAUGGUUGUGAGAGUAGAGACAUGACAGUCUUCAAAGAUGACGAUGGAAUGGCUUACCUCUUCUAUUCUUCUCGUGACAAUACUGAGCUCCAUGUUAGCCCAUUGACAGAGGACUACCUUCAGAUCACAGCAGCAAUGAAGAGAAUACUAAUAAGGCGGCAUCGUGAGGCUCCAGCCGUCUUCAAGCACCAGGGGACCUACUACAUGAUCACCUCUGGUUGCUCAGGCUGGGCUCCCAACAGGGCAUUGGCACAUGCUGCAGAGUCUAUCAUGGGCCCAUGGGAGACACUGGGAAACCCUUGCGUUGGAGGCAACAGGUUUUACCGCCUUACAACAUUCUUAUCUCAAAGCACAUUUGUGCUUCCCCUCCCUGGUUUGUCUGGUGCAUUUAUCUUCAUGGCGGAUAGGUGGAGUCCGUCAAACUUGAGAGACUCCCGGUAUGUGUGGCUUCCUCUAUUCGUCGGAGGGCUCGCAGACGAACCUUUAGAUUACAGUUUUGGUUUCCCUCUGUGGUCAAGGGUAUCGAUUUAUUGGCACAAGAAAUGGCGCCUCCCAGAAGAUUGGAAGAUUGCAAACACAGCAAAUACAUAAGAUAGCUAGCUAUACUUGAACCGAUAGAUCGUUCAUAAACUUGCUUGAGGAUUCUAAUCGCUUGCUCCUCAAGCUUUUGUACAAAACAGUCAUCCUAAACAUGCUUCAGUGAUAUAUCUUUUUUUUGGCGUGUGCAUGUGUCUGUAACUUCUCUUGGAAAAAGAAGUGUGUUUCAGAUAACUGUAUUGAUAAUUGGUAUGACCAUACUCUGUCGUUUAUGCCAGGACAGCAAGGUGCAUCUUGUCAUGUUUUUUUUUGUUUA